UUGAAACCAAAAAAAACAAUUGCUCGUUAAACUGUAGUUUCAUUUCCAUAAAUAAUGAUAGCAGAAGUUUGACGUUAUUAAACGCUGAGAAAAAACGUUAAUGCGGGGGUUUGAGAAUCAGGUAAACCUCUACAAGACGAAUCAAUAAUCAUAGCAAUAAACGCUAGGACGGCACCAGUAUAUUCUACGACAGCUCACAUUUUGUCGCAAUCAGUUUUUUUCUGUGGAUAAUGAAGAAGCGCUGACAGUGAAAGAUUAUGCUGAAAAAUGGUAAAAUAACAUGGGGAAACGUUCCAGUAAACUAAGUUCCACAGAAGUUAAAGAUUUAAUGGGAUGUACCUACUUCAACAAAAGGGAACUGCAGCACUGGUACAGAGACUUUCUGAGAGAAUGUCCUAAUGGAGCCCUGAGACAAGAGGAAUUUGAAGCUAUCUACCAGCAGUUCUUCCCACAUGGCAGUCCCAAGAAAUUUGCUUCGUAUGUCUUCAACAUCUUCGAUACAAAUAAGGACGGACUGAUUUCUUUCAAAGAAUUUAUCUGUGCCUUGUCCAUCACAUCUAGGGGUACGCUUGAUGAAAAAUUGGAUUGGGCUUUCAGUCUGUAUGAUGUUGACAGUGAUGGCUUUAUCACCCGUACAGAGAUGAUAGAUAUUAUAGAUGCUAUAUAUAGCAUGGUUGGUAAUCUUAUUGACCUGCCGAAAGAUGAAGACACACCAGAAAAAAGAGCAAACAAGAUUUUUCAGCAAAUGGAUACGAAUAGAGAUGGAAUGCUGUCCAAAGAUGAGUUCCGAGAGGGAUCUAAAAGUGAUCCCUGGAUUGUACAAGCUCUUACAAUUGACACGGGACCCCAUAUUCACAGCUGACCCAAGAUCUACAGAGAUAUACACCACAAAGUGCUGAAGUUUCUCAUUGUUUGGAUAAGAGCAGUGAUGUUAACUUAUUGCUGAUUGGUCAACUCUUGAAGUUGCUAGGAGUUGAUUGGCUCUUAUGUUCUGGAUAAGAACAAGUUUCUAAAAGUUGAUUGGCCCAGUUUAAACAGCAUGCAUUAAAUUUCAUUGGUCAAUACCCAAAUUUAAAUAUGCUUAUUCAUAUGUGACUCAUCAAGAGGACAAUUUGUAUAAGUGAUUUGCCAGGUUUGAGCUUAAUAUGUUGUUUACGAUUUGAAAUGGUGCUUAGCUCAUAUUUUCUUUAUAUUUAACACAUAAGAAACAUUUACUUUGGAAAUAAUAUAUUCCAAAUAGUGAUUUGUCUUUGAAUAAAAUAAUUGUUUGGUGUGAAGAUGCAAGGAAAUAUAUCAAGAGGGUGCAGCCCAACUGUUAUAAUAAUAUGCUUCAGAACGACAAUGAUUUUAUUCAAGAGAAAUCACUUUUUGAGAUACAUUAUUUUGAUUCUAACAAGAUAUCAAGGAUUAUUAUCUACCACUCCUGCACGAUAAUUUAAAUGACAGCAUGUUUAUAUUAUCGUUUGAUUGUUAUGGUUCUCGUGCAUCGUUGAACUCAAAAAUGUUGUCAAUGAUAAAAGUUAAGUGCAUACUGUAAUGUUACACAAAAAUAUUUUCUGUAUUAAAACGUUUUAAUGAAGAAAAAUCAUAAUUAUCAAACAUUAUCGUUUGAGUUAUCGUGCAGGAUUUAUACGUUUUCAACUGUAUGACAUCUAUCAAAUAUUUGCUUGUUUUGCGUGGUUUUCUUUGCCAGCGCACCACUUUGAUGUGUGAUGCUUUGACAUAAUAACGGUGAUUUCCAGAGUAUGGUUUUGUUGCGUAAUAGCUUUUCUUUGUUCAAUAGGAAAAUAAAUUGGAUCUUGUUAGAAUGAUCUUUUCACCACUACAUGAAUAUAAUCAUUGUUACAUAUAAGAUAAAACACAUUAUGUAAAAGUUGAAGGUUUUAUAAUUACAUCCCAUUAUUAGUUGAGAUUGAAAACCAGACAUGUAUCAUAUCAUAACAUGUUUUCCCCCUAAAUUUUUGCGGAUUUUGUAAUUCCUGUAUGUUAGUAAUACUAUAAGUUUUGGGUGCUGUAGCAUACUUUGGUUAAUUAAACACAUUUUUUCUGUGAAAUUGUUUCCAGGCUGGUUGAUCAUGUAGCUAGCUAUAUACACUGUCUAUGCGAAUUUACAUUUAACCUUUAAAUGUUGUGCCUUUAAAAUUUUGUCAUCAGUUAUAAGUUGUAAGCAAUUUUCGAAAGGGUUUUUGAAGUGUUUUUUUGCUUUCUUUUAGUAAGAUUUAAUGAAAAAAUUAAACCUCUAUGUCUUUAAGGCUUUGCCCACAAAUUUUAGAUCCAAAGUCAGUAACCAUAAUGGCUUUGGCUACCACAUCUUUUUUGUUAUGAACAUAAAAUAUAUCAAUUUCUUUUUAUUUCCAAUUUUGGGUAAUUAUUAUCUCAGACAUUUAUCAAAAUUUUAGUAUUUGAUCAACAUAUAUGUAGUAGAACAUACCUUUUGAAUCUUGUUCUUGAUUGCCUCCCUUUAUGGCUCUCACUUCAAGUUUGUUUAUGAUUGCCUCCCUUUAUGGCUCUCACUUCAAGUUUGUUUAUGAUUGCCUCCCUUUAUGGCUCUCACCACAAGUUUCUGUAUGAUUGCCUCCCUUUAAGGCUCUUCCAAUUUGGACAUUUACUGUUAAAAGGGGUGCAUACCAAAAGGAGACUGACUGAAUGGCGACCAGUGCAGACAGUGAUCAGACUGCACGGAUGUGCAGGCUCAUCUUGGUCUGCACUGGUCGCAAAGGCAGAAUCACUUUCCACCAGCAGGCUAAGGGUUAAUCUUAUUUCUACUACUAUUUGUAGAAUAUCGUAAGAUGUAUUUGGCUCCUGGUCGACUGUUUAUGCGAUAGAGUCAUGUUACCUUCUAAACAGUAAUCCUCUGCUGGAUAACCAGUGAAAGGUUCGCCAUAGCCCCAAAAUAUUCAGAAAACACUUUUUUUCCACCUUAAAUUAUAGUUUCUAUUGUAUGCAUCAGUUUCAAACUGCUGUAUGAAAUUUUAGCCCUUGACUGAUUCUGCCUUUGCGCCCAGUGUAGAUCAUGAUCAGCCUGCACAUCCAUGCAGUUCGAUCAAGAUCUGCGCUGUUUGCCAUUCAGUCAGUAUCCUUUUAGUAAGUAUCCCUUAUAUCAGUCAACGGUACUGUCAAAAUUGAAAGAUGGACAAGUUCAUUAUAAACAUUUAGCAAGGUAAGGGUUAGUACUGUUAUUACUGACUUUCCAAAGUUGGACCAUUUCCUCUGGGAACAAGGAUACUUCAGUUUUUCGUUAGCAUUUCUCUGUUGCACAAAUGAAAUGACAGAAAUGUCUAAACAUUCCAAUGUGCAUUUCUCCCCCUGAAAAAAGAAAUUGCUGAGCAUCCUUAAAAUAUUAUACCAUGUUUAGAAUUGCCUUGAGAUACAGACUUUUGUAUGCUGUUAUAUGGAGGACAAUCUUUUUUGUAUAGUUUAGUACUUUUUAUAAAGUGAUAAUUUUUGUAUAUCAAAUGUUGCAUGCUUUUUAUAUUUCAUACCUUAUAGCAGUCUGCAAUGAAUUUCUUUACGUUUUAAGGACAUGUGUACCCUAAGAAACCUGAAAGUUGCAAACUCUGUUGCAGAGAAUCACCUGUUGUAAAGAAUUACUUGAUCUGUGAACAGCCAGUGUACCAAUUCUUUCACUCUGUGAUUAGCAAGUGUGCUAGAGCUGUCACUCUGUGAACAGCCAGAGUGCUAGAUUUCUCAUACUCUUUGAACGUUGAGUGUGCUACUUCUCUAACUUUAUGAAAAGCCAGUAUGCUAGUUAUCCUACUCUGUGUAUAGCCAUUGUACUAGUUCUUUCUCUGUAUGAAUAAUGAGUGUGCUACUUCUCUCACUAUGAGAACAUCCAGUAUGCUAGUUAUCUUAAUCUGUAAACAGCCAGUGUGUUAGUUCUGUCACAGUGUGAACAGCUAAUGUGCUAGUUCUCUUACUCUGUAAACAACCGUUGUGCUAGUUUUCUCAUUCAGUUGACAGCCAGUUAGUUCUCUCACUAAUUGAACAGGCAGUUUGCUACUUCCCUCACUACAAUGUAUAUGAAUAUUCAUUGUGCUAGUUCCCUUACUUUUUGAACAGCUAGUGUGCUAGAUCUCUCACCAUGUGAACAGUGAGCGUGCUAGUUCUCUUCCUCUGUGAACAGCCAGUGUGCUAGAUCUGUCAUCCUAUGAACGAACAGCCAGUGUGCUAGAUUCUCCCACUCUGUGAACAGUCAGUGUGCUAGAUCUUUAAUCCUGUGAACAGCCAGUGUGCUAGAUCUGUCACUCUGUGAACAGUCCGUGUGCUAGGUCUUUCAUCCUGUGAACAGCCAGUGUGCUAGAUUUCUCACUUUGUGAACAGCCAGUAUGCUAGAUUUCUCAUCAUGUGAAGGUCCAGUGUGCUAGUUCUCUCUCUGUCUGUUAACAGCCAUGUGUUUGUUCUCAUUCUCAGAACAGCCAGUGUUCUACAUUCUCUCACUCUGUGAACAACCAGUAUGCUAGAUAUCUCACUCUGUGAACAGCCAGUGUGCUAGAUCUCUCACUCUGUGAACAGCCAGUGUGCUAGAUCUGUCAUCCUAUGAACAGCCAGUGUGCUAGAUUCUCCCACUCUGUGAACAGCCAGUGUGCUAGAUCUCUCACUCUGUGAACAGCCAGUGUGCUAGAUCUCUCACUCUGUGAACAGCCAGUGUGCUAGAUCUCUCUCUCUGUGAACAGCCAGUGUGCUAGAUCUCUCACUCUGUGAACAGCCAGUGUGCUAGAUCUCUCACUCUGUGAACAGCCAGUGUGCUAGAUUUCUCACUUUGUGAACAGCCAGUGUGCUAGAUUUCUCAUCAUGUGAAGGUCCAGUGUGCUAGUUCUCUCUCUGUCUGUUAACAGCCAUGUGUUUGUUCUCAUUCUCAGAACAGCCAGUGUUCAACAUUCUCUCACUCUGUGAACAGCCAGUAUGCUAGAUAUCUCACUCUGUGAACAGCCAGUGUGCUAGAUCUCUCACUCUGUGAACAGCCAGUGUGCUAGAUCUCUCACUCUGUGAAUAGCCAGUGUGCUAGACUUCUCACUCUGUGAACAGCCAGUGUGCUACAUUCUCCCACUCUGUGAACAGCCAGUGUGCUAGAUAUCUCACUCUGUGAACAGCUAGUCUGUGUGAUGGUUCCCACUCUGUGAACAGCUAGUGUGCUAGAUCUUUCACUCUGUGAACAGCCAAUGUGCUAGUUUUCUCACUCUGAACAGCCAGUGUGCUAGAUCUCUCACUCUGUGAACGGCCAUUGUGCUAGUUUUCUCACUCUGUGAACAGCCAGUAUGCUAGAUCUCUCACUUUGUGAACAGCCAGUGUGCUAGAUCUCUCACUCUGUGAACAGCCAGUGUGCUAGUUUUCUCACUCUGUGAACAGCCAUGUGCUAGAUCUCUCACUCUGUGAAUAGCCAGUGUGCUAGUUUUCUCACUCUGUGAACAGCCAUGUGCUAGAUCUCUCACUCUGUGAAUAGCCAGUGUGCUAGAUCUCUCACUCUGUGAACAGCCAGUGUGCUGGAUCUCUUACUCUGUGAACAGCCAGUGUGCUAGUUUUCUCACUCUGUGAACAGCCAGUGUGCUAGAUCUCUCACUCUGUGAACAGCCAGUGUGCUAGAUCUCUCACUCUGUGAACAGCCAGUGUGCUAGUUUUCUCACUCUGUGAACAGCCAGUGUGCUAGAUCUCUCACUCUGUGAACAGCCAGUGUGCUAGUUCUCUCACUCAGUGAACAGCCAGUGUGUUGGAUCUUUCACUCUGUGAACAGCUAGCGUGCUAGAUCUCUCACUCUGUGAACAGUCAGUGUGCUAGUUCUCUCACUCAGUGAACAGCCAGUGUGCUGGAUCUUUCACUCUGUGAACAGCCAGUGUGCUAGAUCUCUCACUCUGUGAAUAGCCAGUGUGCUAGAUCUCUCACUCAAUGAACAGCCAGUGUGCUUGAUCUUUCACUCUUUGAACAGCUAGUGUGCUGGAUCUCUCACUCUGCGAACAGGCAGUGUGCUAGUUUUCUCACUCUGUGAACAGCCAGUGUCCUAGAUCUCUCACUCUGUGAACAGCCAGUGUGCUAGAUCUCUCACUCUGUGAACAACCAGUGUGCUGGAUCUUUCACUCUGUGAACAGCUAGUGUGCUAGAUCUCUCACUCUGCAAACAACCAGUAUGCUAGAUCUCUCACUCUGUGAACAGCCAGUAUGCUAGAUCUCUCACUGUGAACAGCAAGUAUGCUAGUUCUCUCACUCUGUGAACAGCCAUUUUGCAAGAUCUCUCACUCUGUGAACAGCCAGUGUGCUAGAUUUCUCACUCUGUGAACAGCCAGUGUGCUGGAUCUUUCACUCUGUGAACAGCUAGUGUGCUAGAUCUCUCACUCUGCGAACAACCAGUAUGCUAGAUCUCUCACUCUGUGAACAACCAGUAUGCUAGAUCUCUCACUCUGCGAACAGCCAGUAUGCUAGCUCUCUCACUCUGCCAGAGCCAGUAUGCUAGUUCUCUCACUCUGUGAACAGAGCCAGUAUGCUAGAUCUCUCACUCUGUGAACAGAGCCAGUAUGCUAGAUCUCUCUCUCUCUGCCAGAGCCAGUAUGCUAGUUCUCUCACUCUGUGAACAGAGCCAGUAUGCUAGUUCUCUCACUCUGUGAACAGCCAGUAUGCUAGUUCUCUCACUCUGUGAACAGAGCCAGUAUGCUAGUUCUCUCACUCUGUGAACAGAGCCAGUAUGCUAGUUCUCUUACUCUGUGAACAGCCAGUAUGCUAGUUCUCUCGCUCUGUGAACAGAGUCAGUAUGCUAGAUCUCUCACUCAGUGAACAGCUAUUUUGCAAAUUCUCUCACCAUAUUUUAACAAGUUCUCCGAGAGUAUUUACUGUAAUUUGUAAAGGGAGACAAUGUGGAGAGAACAACAUCCAAAUGACACUAUCUUAGCCGAUGCCACAUGAUCAAAGAGUUUAUAUUUUUAUGCAAAAUUACAGUGAUACAGAGGAUUUAAUAGAAUGUUCCAGAAAGUUUUAUCAUUUACAAAUAGCUAAGUUGAAAGCUUAGUAUUUUUGUGUCACAUCAUUUUGCAAGAAAUCCUCAUAUAUUUUUUUUCAGAAUCUAUUUUGGAAGUUUCUUACUAAUAAAUAAUCCCAUGUUUCAUGUUCUAUUGUUCACUUUGAUCAUAUUACUCAUUAAUUGUAGUUAUUGAUUAAAAAUGACACCAGACUUGAAGGGAAAUAGCACCUGCUCCUUGUACUUGUAUUAGUAUUGAAUAUCUAUUUAAUAGCAAGAACUUCGGCCAUGUGACAUCAGAUUUGUUUUUGUGCAGCACAGAUUUAUUGUAUGUUAUACUGUCAAUGUUCUUUGAAAACCUCUUCUUUAAGAAUUGGUGUGGAAACUUUUAUUUGUGCAUUUAAAAAGUAGUACACUUCAAUCUGCAAAAAUACCAAGUUUGAUAGCCAAUCGAAAAUUUGCUAUAUAAUCACAAAAGAAAAAUCUUGAACUUCCAUUUGUUGGAAUUGCAUUCAUUGAAAACAGCAUUCAGUUGAACUUCAUUAACUUGUACACGACAGGCCAGGCCAAAUUUGUUCCAGUUAUCAGAAGUUAGAGCCAUCAAAAUAUAAACAUUAAAAAAUAAAUUUGCUGGGACCUGAAGAGGAUUUUGAGCAAAGGGUGGUUUUCAAAUUAUCCGCCUGUUCAAGUGAACGAAGUUUGACUGUAUUUCAGUUGACAUAUUUUUUUCUUUUUUCAAACAAAUUACAGGUACUAUUAAAUACAAAAUGUUAUAUAAAAUUGUCAAGCCUUCCAUCAUCAAAUGGCAGAAUUAUUUAUACAUGGUUUUCUUUCAGACAAUUUGUACCACUUUAAGGCACUUAAAAAAUAUACGAAACCCACCAACUUAGCUCAGUAGGGAGAGAGCAGAUCUACGGAUAGCUGGGUCGCGAGUUCGAUCCCUGGGCGGGGAGUAUGUUCUUCGUGACAAUUUGAUAAAAGACAUUGUGUCUGAAAUCAUUUGUCCUCCACCUCUGAUUCAUAUGGGGAUGUUGGCAGUUACUGGCGGAGAACAGGUUUGUACUGGUACAGAAUCCAGGAACACUGGUUAGGUUAACUACCCGCCGGUACAUAACUGAAAUACUGUUGAAAAAAAGGCAUUAAAUCCAAAAACAAAAUGAAAAUACACAAGACUUCUGCAGAUUUAGUUUCUUGCCUCUCCUGAAAAAUAACCAAAACUGACAUACAAGAUUGUCAAACAUUGAUGAUAUGGUCAUCUUCCUGGGGGCUAUAUUAUUUGCCAUUUUAUACUGGUUUUUUUUUUCAAAACCAUAUGCCAGUACUUUUUUUAAUUAAAUGGUAAUAUUCAUUUGCCCUUUCUGUAUCAAGUCUCCAUAUGUUGUUAUAACUACCCAAAAAAAGAGGUUGCAUGUUUUCAUUCACUUAUUCUUUAGUAAUAGUCUAGCAGCUAGGUUUUAACAAAGGCUUGUACUUCAGCAUCAAAUAUUUUACAUGUUAAAGGGAGAUAACUAAUACAUUUGUAUAACAUUGACAAAUAUAAAAUUCCUUGCCAAACACACUGAAUCAUGGUUGAAAAUGAGAUUAUUAAUUUUUGUGUUCAUUUAUAAAGGUUGUGAAUUUUAGAGAAACAGUUAUUAUAUUUUACAUGUAAACUUUAUUUUGUUGUUCACUUGGAGGUGAGUGAAAAUGUAAAUCUUCAAACAGUUAUGCCUGUCAACAGGGACUAUUUCUGAAGAGGUAAAAAUGUUUUAAGUGGACUUCUACAUAUAACAGGAAAACAGGAAAAACACUAUUCCAGCAUAAAUCAUGUGAAAAAAAAGAAUAUUUUGUGGAUAAGCAUAUUAUUAAUAUAUAUACAUUUGUUUCAAGUAUACAUUACAGGGCCUUAGUAUGUUUGUCUUUUGCCAUAUAUUAAAGGUUGUUAAUACCAUGUGAUCUUAUUAAUACACCUUAGCAUCCUUUGAAGAUGACAGUAACAACAGUAUUAUGCUAGAAUGUAUAUUAUGGCAUAUAAGAUGUUUACAAAUAAAUAGAUACUUUAGAAGAUAAUUUUGUCUGUUGGAAACCGCAUUUAAUAUCUCUAUAUUCGUACAUUUCUCAUUUUAAUUCUUGAUUUAUUCAUAAUACUUGUGUAACAAUGGUUGUAGGAUUUUUGAAUUGUGUUUAUGCUUAAUAUGGAACAUACAGGUACAUACAAUCUGCAUGGUCUUGGUCAAUACAGAGUACUCUCCCCUGAUUAGAAGUUUGUACAAGUAUGUUUUCUGUUGACAGUUGCCUGUUUUUGAAGAUUUACCUGAGGAGAUUAGAAGUACUCAUAUAUGUGUUAUGCUCUUCCAAGAUUCUGUAAAAAUGAUGAUAUUUAUAUUGUGCAAUGUGUACUCUUUCCAAUAAACAUUCCUUCAUUAUAAGCUGUUUAUAUGUUGCUUGAGCACCUGUGAGCUGUUUUCAGAGUUUAUUGCCUCCAGCCCCUGUGAGCAUAGA